AAAACAAUAUAUUCUCUCAUGGCCACUUACCAAGAUGAAGAAGAUGACGAAAUUACCCCCUCCGAACCUCCUCCUCCUCCUCCUUCACUCACCGAACCACCACCAUCAGUGGAACAAAAUGGCUAUAUGGAUACUCCACAACCCGAACCCUAUUUAACAUCUACCGACCCGAAAAGAGAAGAAGACGAAAAUGGCAGUGUGGAUACUCCACAACCCGACCCGAAAGAAGAAGAAGAAGAAGACGAAGAAGAAGAAGACGAAGAAGAAGAUGAUGACGUGGAUGAGGAAGAAGAAGAAGAAGAAGAAGAAGAACCACCAACGAAGAAACAAAAACCACUGUCCACUUUAACCCUAACACCGCCGAAAGUUGAACUCGAAGGAGGAGGUGAAAUGACUAAAUUACCCUUGCCGAAGGAAAAGGCUUGCAAGAAGGCAAAAUACAAGAAGAAAAACAACAACAACACUCUUUGGACUAAAUCCACUUCCAGAAAAGGGAAAAAAAAGCACAAUCCCAUCAACAACCUUAAAAGCAACGGCAAGAAAAACAAAAAUGGCGUCGCUUCAGGACAAGAAGCAGAAGACAAAGUCUACAUCACACCAAUUCCAAGGUUUCCCGACAAAAAUGAUGACACCCAAGACAUGAAAAUCUGUCUUUCAAAGGUUUACAAAGCAGAAAAAGUUGAACUAAGUGAAGAUAGAUUAACUGCAGGGAGUACAAAAGGUUACAGAAUGGUGAGAGGAACAAGAGGGGUAUUAGAAGGAACAUGGUAUUUCGAGAUUAAGGUGGUUAAAUUAGGCGAAACGGGGCAUACACGACUUGGCUGGUCGACAGAUAAAGGGGAUUUACAAGCACCUGUUGGAUAUGAUGGGAAUAGUUUUGGGUAUAGGGAUAUUGAUGGUAGUAAGAUUCAUAAAGCUUUAAGGGAGAAAUAUGGUGAAGUAGGGUAUGGUGAAGGUGAUGUUAUUGGUUUUUAUAUUAAUUUGCCUGAAGGUGGUCAGUAUGCUCCAAAACCACCUAGGCUUGUUUGGUAUAAGGGACAGAGGUAUAUGUGCGCAUCUGAUCCUAAGGAAGAUCCUCCUAAAAUAAUUCCUGGGAGUGAGAUAUCUUUUUUCAAAAAUGGAGUUUGUCAAGGUGUUGCUUUCAAGGAUCUUUAUGGUGGUCGUUACUACCCUGCUGCUUCAAUGUAUACACUUCCUGACCAACCUAACUGCGUUGUGAAGUUCAAUUUUGGCCCGGACUUUGAAUGUUUUCCGGAAGAUUUUGCUGGACGCCCUGUUCCAAGACCGAUGGUUGAAGUUCCUUAUCAUGGAUUUGAUGGAAGAAUUGAGAAUGGUAAUGCAUGGCAUUCAACUAGGAUUUGUCCCAUGCUCAAAGUGGUAAAAGAGCACGUAAAUAAAAUUGGAGAAGCUGCUGAAAUGGUCAGCUAAGCUUGAGCAAUGCACUCAGAGUAAGAUGGGAUAGUGAUACUUACGAGAAGUCCAGCACCAACAACAAGUCCCAUGGUGAAAUUUGGAACAAAGCAAGCCACAACCAUCAUGCAACUUUCAACAACAGCUAUGGAGCUCAAUAGAUCAAUGGCAGCAUACAAGAAAUGGAAGAAACCAGGGUGGAACUUCACCAGGUUGUAUGUAAUGGCUGCUGAGCUCAGAGACAUAACAACUAGGAAUGGGAAUGAUGAAAUGAAGUUGGAAAGAAUGAAUACACCAACACCAUAGUGUCCGCUUUUCCUUUCUUUCUCAAAUAUCUGUUCCAAAGAGCAAACAAAUCUCCUUUCAAUCUCAAUAUAUAGUCCAAGUAACAUGUAUUAGUUUUACUGUCACUACAAAAAAUUGAAAUUAGCUACGAACUUCGUCAUUGAGUUGCUCGUAGCUGACAGACUUUUUAAAUAAUCCGUCGCUAAUCAGGAUUAACAACGGAUUUUGUUAUUUAGCUACAGAAUUUGUCCAUC